AGCUGCGCGGAUGGUGAGGAAGCUCUGCUUUGACAGCUUUGGGUCACCGUGCGGUGGGCGGGGCGCUGGGCCCUCAACUCUGGCACAGUGUACCCCUCAGUGGGUUUGUCCUUGGCGAGGGACAGCAUCGGCCGACGUUUCUGGCGGGAAGCGACAUUCUCUGCUGUGGGUCCCUGGGCGGGUUUGGGUUUGUCCUCCGUGUGCGUCCCCACCCCCUAUCCCCGCCUUGGUCCCUUCUGCUUCUACCCUCAGAGUUCCCUUUUGCCCCUGAGACCGGAAAUCUGACAGUCCUUUAGCUGCCUUUGGAUACAGAUUUGGUGGCGAUCCCGCAUUGUUUGCUUGUUUUUGUUUUUGUUUUUUUUGUUUUUGUUUUUUUGUCCGCUCUCCUUUUGCAUCUGGCUUGUAACACUGCCAUUGCCUUUCACCUGCCAGCAGGAGUGGUUGGAUAUUGAGUUUAAUACCUAGCCCUGUAAACAGAAUUAUACAAGUUUUAAUGUUGGGAAUGCUGAGAAUAACUAAAGAGAAAAACAAACAAACAAAAAAACAAAGCCUGCAAUGAAUCAGCCCCGUUAGAAGUGGUUGUGGAAUCCUGUUUCUGUGGCCUGCUCAGAUUUUCUUUUUGGUGUACCUGUGGUAUGACAUGUGCAAAGAUUCUGCCUGCUUUUCGACUAUGAAGGAGACAGACCUGGAGGCUGUUGCAACAGCAGUCCAAAGGGUGGCUGGGAUGCUUCAGCGCCCAGACCAGCUGGACAAAGUGGAGCAGUAUCGCAGAAGGGAGGCUCGGAAGAAGGCCUCUGUGGAGGCCAGGCUAAAGGCCGCAAUCCAGUCUCAACUAGAUGGCGUCCGCACAGGCCUAAGCCAACUGCACAAUGCACUGAAUGAUGUCAAGGAUAUCCAGCAGUCACUGGCUGAUGUGAGCAAGGACUGGAGGCAGAGCAUCAACACCAUCGAGAGUCUCAAGGACGUAAAAGACGCAGUGGUGCAGCACAGCCAGCUGGCUGCAGCUGUGGAGAACCUCAAGAACAUAUUCUCUGUGCCUGAGAUUGUGAGGGAGACCCAAGAUCUCAUCGAGCAAGGGGCUCUCCUGCAGGCCCACCGGAAGCUAAUGGAUCUGGAGUGCUCCCGGGAUGGGCUAAUGUGUGAGCAGUACCGCAUGGACAGUGGGAACAAACGGGACAUGACCCUCAUUCAUGGCUACUUCGGUAGCACACAGGGGCUCUCUGACGAGCUGGCCAAGCAGCUGUGGAUGGUGCUGCAAAGAUCGCUGGUCACUGUCCGCCGGGAUCCCACCUUGCUGGUCUCCGUGGUCAGGAUCAUUGAAAGGGAAGAAAAAAUUGACAGGCGGAUACUUGAUCGAAAAAAGCAAACUGGGUUUGUUCCUCCUGGAAGGCCCAAAAACUGGAAGGAAAAAAUGUUUGCCGUCUUGGACAGAACUGUGACGACUAGAAUCGAAGGCACGCAGGCGGACACCAGAGAAUCUGACAAGAUGUGGCUCGUGCGCCACCUGGAGAUCAUUAGGAAGUACGUCCUGGAUGACCUCGUCAUCGCCAAGAACCUGCUGGUGCAGUGCUUCCCUCCUCACUAUGACAUCUUUAAGAACCUCCUGAGCAUGUACCACCAGGCCUUGAGCAUUCGGAUGCAGGACCUCGCCUCAGAGGACCUUGAGGCCAACGAGAUUGUGAGCCUCUUGACCUGGGUCCUAAAUACCUACACCAGUGCAGAGAUGAUGGGGAAUGUGGAGCUGGCCCCAGAGGUGGACGUUAAUGCCCUGGAACCGCUCCUCUCACCAAACGUGGUCUCUGAGCUGCUCGACACAUACAUGUCAACACUCACGUCCAACAUCAUUGCCUGGCUUCGGAAAGCACUGGAGACAGACAAGAAAGACUGGAGCAAAGAGACGGAGCCGGAAGCAGACCAGGACGGCUAUUAUCAGACGACACUUCCUGCCAUUGUAUUCCAGAUGUUUGAACAGAAUCUUCAAGUUGCUGCUCAAAUAAGUGAAGAUUUGAAAACAAAGGUAUUAGUUUUGUGUCUUCAGCAAAUGAAUUCUUUCCUAAGUAGAUACAAAGAGGAAGCCCAGCUUUACAAAGAGGAGCACCUGAGAAACCGGCAGCACCCACACUGUUACGUGCAGUACAUGGUCGCCAUCAUCAAUAACUGCCAGACCUUCAAAGAAUCCAUCAUCAGUCUGAAAAGAAAAUACCUAAAACCCGAAACAGAGGAAAGCCUGUGUCAGAGUCAGCCCAGCAUGGAUGGGAUUCUAGAUGCCAUUGCUAAGGAAGGCUGCAGCAGUCUGCUAGAGGAGGUCUUCCUGGAUCUAGAGCAACAUCUGAAUGAGCUAAUGACAAAGAAGUGGAUGUUAGGAUCAAAUGCUGUGGACAUCAUCUGUGUCACCGUAGAAGACUACUUCAAUGACUUCGCCAAAAUUAAAAAGCCAUACAAAAAGAGGAUGACAGCUGAGGCACACAGGCGUGUGGUGGUGGAAUACCUGCGGGCUGUCAUGCAGAAGCGUAUUUCCUUUCGGAGUGCUGAAGAGCGCAAGGAGGGUGCUGAGAAGAUGGUCAGAGAGGCGGAACAGCUCCGCUUCCUGUUCCGGAAGCUGGCAUCUGGAUUUGGUGAGGAUGCAGAUGGACACUGUGACACAAUCGUUGCAGUGGCAGAGGUCAUUAAGCUCACGGACCCGUCUCUGCUCUACCUAGAAGUCUCAACUCUGGUCAGCAAAUAUCCAGACAUCAGAGAUGACCAUAUUGGUGCGCUGCUGGCACUGCGAGGAGACGCCAGCCGGGACAUGAAGCAGACCAUCAUGGAGACACUGGAGCAGGGCCCCAUGCAAGCGAGCCCCAACUAUGUGCCCAUCUUCCAGGAGAUUGUGGUGCCCAGUCUGAACGUGGCAAAGCUCCUUAAGUAGCCCUGUCCUCCCUGCUGUCCUGUGUGUCUUUACUUUGUGGCUUUCCUAUUGUCACUGUAUUAAAACAAAAGUCCGUCUCUUGUG